ACGUGUGACCGGGAUGCCUGGAAGAGAUGCCUGCUAAGGAGUGACUGAUGAGAACCAGCGCUCCAGUGUGGAGGGUGACCCCCUGUGUACGCAACACCACCGCUCGGGGAGAUUUGCACACCUGGCAUUUCCACAACAACUAUAAUGGGCUGCAAUCUGUGCACUUUACAGAAGCGAGAGGAACACUACAAGCUGCUUUAUGAGAUUGCACAGGUGAAUGGCAAGGAGUUGUCCAAGUCCAGCCAUGAUGAGGGUGUGGAGGCCUUUCGAGCUGCCAAGGACCCCGUCGUGGUGCAGGUCAUCAGGCGGACCCCUAGCGGCCGCCCCCACGGCCCCCCUCAGGAAAUCCAUGUGGUGGACGUGUGCACUCAGACUGACAUCACCUUUGAACACAUCAUGGCGCUGGCAAAGCUCCGUCCCUCAACCCCUCCUGUGCCUGACGUCUGUCCCUUCCUGCUGUCUGACAGCUGUCAUUCUCUUCAUACAAUGGACCAGGAUUACUACGAAGGGACAGACCUUUCUCCUGUUCCAGCUGAUGGAGAAAGGACAGAGGAAUUUGAGUACGAGGAAGUGGAACUCUGUCGACUUAGCAGUCAGGAGAAAUUGGGACUGACUCUGUGCUACAGGACUGACGAAGAAGAGGACGUUGCCAUCUACGUCAGUGAGGUCUGUCCAAACAGCAUCGCUGCCAAAGAUGGACGCAUCCGAGAGGGGGAUCGUAUUUUACAGAUUAAUGGCCAGGAUGUGAAAGACAGAGAAGAAGCAAUGGCUGCGCUCUUCAGUGAUGACUACAGGAACAUCAUUCUACUGGUUGCCAGACCCGAGAUGCAGCUUGAGGAGGCCUGGCUGGACGAUGAGCACAGUGAGUUCCUGGAGCAGCUCAAGUUGGAAAUGUUGGAGGAGCAGCAGAGAGAGGAGAUGGAAUUAGCUGCUUUACAAGAGGAGCAGGAGAACGAGCAGAGAGCUGAAGAUGACCAGCCUACCUGUUCAACGCUCCCUCAUCAUAAGGACAGUGCAUGGAGUAAAAAGGACAGGAUGGAGAGCUCAGAACAUAAUGUGUUGGCACAAAUCCAGAGACGUCUAUCCAUGUGCCUGAGAGACAGUCGCGACACACGCAGCACCACUGGUUCCACACGGCUGGAGAACAAGGACGAGGAGGAUGAUGAUGACACGGAGGGCGAUCGCUUCCAGCAACUUUUGGAGCUAAAAUGUCAGAUACGUAACAGCGGUGAGUACGACCUGUUCUACAGCCGCUGCAGCACCAUCGAAUGCAGCAUGGCGGAGCAGGGCGGCGUGCAGCACGAGCUGCGUAUGCUCAACGAGGAGCUGCGCAGCAUCGAGCUUGAAUGUCAAAACAUCAUGCAAGCCCAUAAACUCCGUCAGGGUCAGCAGACUCCGUUAAAAGGGUGUUCUGUGCCCUCCACCAAAAAUCAAAGCCCCCACCAAGGAGAAUCCCUGCGGGGUAAGCUGACGGACAUUAACGAGAGGCUGGAGAAAUCAGACAAGGACAGCUCCAGUGCCUAUAACACUGCAGAGAGUUCCCGGAGUACUCCUCUGGCAAUGGACCGCUCCCCUGAACACUCACUUCAGAGAAUGGUGAGUCUCACCAAUCAGAGGAACCUCUGCAGCGGCCUUGCCACCGGUCACUCACUCAGCCCAAGUCCCAUCUCAGCAUAUUGUGCCCCAGUCCAGGUGAAAAGCAGCAGCCCUGACCACAGUAAUCCCUCGGAGUCGGACCAGACACAACAGGGAGAGGAGGAGAGCAGGAGGAAGGUGAAGCAAAGUACUUCUGGGAAUCCUUACUUCUCUCCUUCACACAGUUCCCAGCAGCGGCAGGCCAACAUUCCAGCUCACGCCCGCCACUACCAGAGCUACAUGCAGCUAAUCCAGCAGCGCUCAGCUGUAGAGUACGCUCAGAGCCAGCUCAGCCUGCUCAGUGUGUGCAAAGAGCCCCAGCGGCCCAUUAAUGAGCCCAAAAUGGAGUGGAAAGUCAAGAUUCGCAGCGACGGCACUCGUUACAUCACCAAACGGCCUGUGAGAGACAAGAUCCUGAGGGAGCGAGCCUUAAAGAUUAAAGAGGAACGUAGCGGGGGAAUGACGACAGAUGAUGACGCCAUGAGUGAAAUGAAGAUGGGGAGGUACUGGAGUAAAGAGGAAAGAAAGCAGCACCUGGUCCGGGCCAAAGAACAGAGGAGAAGACGAGAAUUCAUGCAACGUAGCCGGCUGGAAAGUUUGAGGGAGAACCCUCAGAGCAGUAGCGAAGGUCGCAAGGAAGUCAGCAUUAUAGAGCUCAGCCACAAGAAGAUGAUGAAGAAACGCAACAAGAAGAUCUUGGAUAAUUGGAUGACCAUCCAGGAGCUGAUGACUCAUGGAACUAAGGCCCCUGAGGGAGCAAAGGUGCAUAACGCCUUCCUUUCAGUCACUACUGUAUAAAAAAAAAACAACCACAUGCAAUCUACCCCAUGUGGUAUAACAUACAUGCCUCGUUAAAUGUGGCAUUUUUAUGAUGACAGUUGGAAUAUUUUUCACACUUUUUAACCCAAAAAGCAUUUUGUAUAGAAUUUCAGUGGCAUCAUGACAUUUUCUUGAUGUUUUUCAAAUAAAAAAAAAGUUCACAUGGCUCUGUGGGAUAAUACAAUUUCUAUGAAACUAUAACUAUACAAUUAUUUUAAUACUUCUCUCUAAACAUGUUUAUCUUUUUGACUCUAUUUUCAUAUUUAUGUUGUGAUGCUAUGACUCAAGACAACUACAUGAGUCUGAGUUUUUUUUUCUUUCUUACAUUAUGUUCACUAACCAAUGAUGGAUCACUGGGAAAGCUGCCUUUCAUAUGUGUUUAAAUCCUUUAAUUAUCGGUUAAAAAGGUAGCAAAUAUGAGGUUUCCCACCAUUUGCGUUGACAUGGUCCUAAAAUGUUAUACAGACAGCCAUACACGACAUACAAUUCAGUUUUCAUAUGUGCUUUUUUAAAUUAGAAGGGGUUAAAACUUCAGUUUCAGCGGCUCACACGUUCCAGUCAAAGCAAAAGGGACAGUUUAUCCCUUUAUCUUUAUCUUUGAGGUGCUUUCCAUUUAUCUCAAAAGUCGUAACUCGUAACAAGAUCCAAUCCACGUUGACAUCAUUCCACUUGCAAGGUCAGAACCGUAACCUUUCAGCUGUUUCCCCUAUUAGCCAUUGUUAGUAAAAGUCAUUCAUGACAACAAUGUACGCAGCACACACAAGCAGCACAGCACACAUGUGCCCAUGGUAAAAGCGAUCAGUACAAGGUGUGCAUUUGAUUUAAUGUGAAUAGAAUAAGAUAACUUUUAUAAAACUGAAAAACUGGUCAAAGGGUUUACUUUCCUGAUAAGAGGAGCAACCAUGUUGGAUUCUGAAGUCGGAGUAGGGAUGCACUACAACUUCCCAAUCUGGAAUUCCAACUUCAGAGGGAAUUCUAGUUAAAAGUUAUCACUUGAAACUUGGAAACUUCAGAGUAAAAAUGGAAGGCACAAUUAUCAUAUGAUUCAUCUAAGGUCGUUAACCAUAACUGCAAAGUUGAUGUAUUAACUCUAAUUUUUGAACAUCAACAGUUCAACUCUACACGUCUUUAUGUCCAGUUUGCCAGUCACCAAGUUUGCAGUUUGUUUGGGGGCAAAACAGCAACAGCAUCUUGCAAUGCUUGUUUCAUCUUGGUCAUCUUUUCUUCAAAUACACAACUUGCAUCUGGUUAUACCUCUAUUCCCACUGCUU